CAAGGCUCCACUGCGCCUCACAUCUGGCUGGGGUUUUCUCUUUACGUAUUUGUCCUGGUUUCUUCCUCUCUUCCCUGACUUUCGAGAAACCGCAUUUCCGCUUCUGGCCAAAGAAAUCGUGGAGCUGUGGAGAUAAAGGUGCUGGGAGGGACUGGCUGUUGCUUGCACUGUUCCCCUACCCCCACUCCUUGCUUUUUUCCUUCCCUCGGGACUUUUCCCCCCUUGCUGUCUCUCCUUUCAAACAAGUCUGUGCUUUCCCUCAGACCUGGCUGGGGAGGAGAUUCCAGCCCCCAGGAGAUGCUCUAAAAGAGCGAGCCUCUGCUGAGGCAACAAGACAGUUGGUGCAAAGACAGACGAGGUAGAAAACAAAACCCUGAACCCGGAAAGUUAACAGCAAGAGCAAGAAAAAAUGAUUGGUUCCUACAAAUUUGGAUUCAUUUUUGGAUCCUGCCUGCUGCUGACUCUCAUCUGGUGUGACACAGCACUGGGCAGGGUAUCACAAAAGCAGCAACCUCAGAAGGACCAGGAGGAAACUCAGGAAGAGUUUAAGGUGGAAGUCCCACCAUCACCGUUGCCAGAUCACAUUGAAAAGGUUGAAGAUCACCAUGAAAAGAACAAUCCCAGCCUGGAAGAACAGUCCUCUGCCUCUCAGUGUUUCCGCUGUUGUGACUCAGGCAUCCCCAUGUACCAGCCAAUGCCAAUGCCAAUGCCCCAGAUCAAUAUCACUAUCUUAAAAGGUGAAAAGGGUGACAGAGGAGAGCGGGGCCUCCAAGGGAAAUUUGGCAAAACAGGAUCAAUAGGUGCCAGGGGCCAUGUUGGGCCAAAGGGACAAAAGGGUACAAUGGGGGCUCCUGGUGACCGAUGUAAGAACCACUAUGCUGCCUUCUCAGUGGGACGGAAGAAGCCCUUGCACAGCAAUGAUUACUAUCAGACGCUGAUUUUUGACAUGGAAUUUGUCAACCUCUACAGUCACUUCAACAUGUUCACAGGUAAAUUCUACUGCUACGUGCCUGGAAUCUACUUCUUCAGCCUCAAUGUGCACACCUGGAACCAGAAGGAGACCUAUCUCCACAUCAUGAAGAAUGAUGCUGAAGUGGUGAUACUCUAUGCCCAGCACCUUCCCUCUUUGAUAUUCAAGCACCAGGCUGAAUCCCUCCUGAAAUACCAUUCUCCUCCUGGAUCGCUGCUUCCACUCCAUCUACAUUCCACAGGAUUCUCAUUAAAUGAAAAAUGUUAUCUAUUCCUAAAUUUUGUAAUGCCUUUUUGUGUAACUUUGGAAAUUUCUUCAAUUAUCAGAGAAGGGAACAUGUGAGAAGGAUACUGGGGAUAUCCUGCUUCUAACAGGAUACAAAUCCCUUAAUAGCUUAAUAAUAUAGCUGAAUUUCCCAGAAAAAAAAGUUUCCAUUCCCAUUACUGGAACUAAUUAGGAAACAUUUAAAGGGUUACUAAACAGAACAAAGUAUAUCAUGGAAAAUAAGAGUAGUUAUUUUAUCUUCCCACUGAAUGAAGUUCUACCCCAGAGAAAAUUGCUUUUAGCACAUAGUUCUAGGAAUAUUCUUUACAGCUCCCAGGACUACUGGUAUUUCAAUCACAGGAAAGUUGAGGAAAGAGUUGUUAUAAGGAUAGAUCAAUUUCUAUUGGCUUCAUUACCAAGCCUUCCUUAUGAAUUGACUAGAUUGACUUUUUCCCCUCUUAUACCUUUUUCAGGACAUUGCCAGGAUAGAAAGUGUCACUGUGAAAGUAAAAAAAGUUGUGUCCAAAGAGUACCCACUAACCUUGUCUGCUAUGAGGAAUGUGUGGGUAGGAAAGUCCCUCCAAUAUUGCGAGCUCAAAUGAUACAAUUGGUGUUCACAUGAUGGCAGCUAUUCCUUUGCCUAGCUGUCAUCUAGAAUAGCUUGUUAUUAAAAGAACCAAGCAAAGUCUGACUUGGCUUCUCUUUACUUGGGGCAGAUGAGUGUAGGAACUAAUGAGUAACUUCAAAAAGAAACAAGCUAAGCCAUUUUAGUUGCCUUCCUGGUUGUUUACUGAUAUGUGUGACUAUUUUAGAGAUUAAGCCUACAGUCCCCAUGAUUUCCUGUUGAACUUCUCACCACCUUGUGGUAUAUGUUAUGACUAUUUCUGGACAUAGUAUAAGACAGCUCUUCUAUAUACUCUUAUCACUCAUGUCUCAGGAACCUAGUGGCUAGUUGAGUGAGUUGGAAUUAAGAAAAACAGAUGUUCCCUGGAUGCCUCUUACAACCUUAUCAUUGUUGUGGAUACAAGACAAACAUGGGGGCAGGAAAUAUUGUGCCUGAUUAUGCUUUUCUCCCUGUUGCUUGGAAAUGGGUGGAAAGGGAAGUGGGAUAUCUAUGUUCAGUGAUUUUCUCUUUCAGUAAUCAGAAAGCAAGAUAGAAUAUUACAUGAGGCAAGCAGUAAUGUGGAUCAAUAUCAGGGCUAGGUGUAUUGAAGGGGAAAGAAGGUCUUUUUGCUCAUCAGAUCAUCAGUUUUCCUUUCAUAUUGUUUCAAUCCUAUUACCUGUGGCAAGGAGAUUUUUGUAAGGUACCAGGAAAAGGACUGGGCCAGAGAAUUAAAAGAUAAGUGUGGCUUUAUUCUAGCUGAUGAAAGCCAAGUUGAAGUUUCAGUAAAUAGGAAAGCAUAAUUGGGUUACAUAUUUCACAUAUCUUGGUCUUCCAGAACCAAUACUCUGGAGCAGUGGUUCUCAAACUCUUUUUCUUAGUAUCUUUACGGUAUUAACAACUAUUGAGAAUAUGUCCAAAGAGUUUUUGUUUAUAUGGAUUACAUAAUAGAUAUUUAUCAUAAAUAGAAAAAAACUAAUUUUGAAUUUGUAGACCUUCUGAAAGAAUUUCAGAGACCCUCCAGAAUUCAUUGCACCACACUUUGAGAACCAUUGCAGUCUGGAGUAUGGACAUUCUUUCUCUUCACCUUGUUUUAUUUUUUUUUAAACUUUAGGCUCCCUAUAGUUUGAUCCUCUGUGCUUUCCAGGUGUCAGCACUGGAUCCUAGAGGUCAGGGUCAGUACUUGGAAGUCAAGCUUUAAAUUGUUUUUCUCAAAACAACUAAUGAGCAGAGUUUGUUGGCUUCUUGGUAAUCCCUAAGUACUAAUUUUAAAACAUAAUUGAACAUUAGAAAAUUUUUUUUUCUUUCUAUAUAGAAUUUGUCUGGUGAAUUAUUUGUGUGUUCAGUCCUGACUUUCUCGUCUUCCAUCCUUUUGGAUAGAGAAAGAAUGGCAAUGAUUUAGAUCUUUCUUCAUCCCUGGAUAUAAGAUCAAUUUCAUGAAUUUAGCUAGGGAUAUGUCACUUCUGAAAAGCUAACUGAUCUGAUAAAUUCAGAGAAGCCCAUUCCAGGGUCAACAUAAUAUAAGCCUACUGGUCAAUUAUGCAGUUUCUCUAGUUUUUUAGCUUUGGAAAUAGCAUCUACCAACAAAAGGGCACUAGGCAACAUUCCUCUGAAACAACCUAGAAGGAGAUAAUCUGGGCACAGGGUGUAACUUGUUUGUACCCUGCUUUGUUGGAUUAAUGAGGGCAGUUUCUUGCUCAUCAAAAGUCAUCAUUGUGCCAAAUCCAGGAGGUACAGCUGCUUUUUGUAUUUUCCUUCUCCAUGCCCUUUGCCAGUGAGGAAAAGUAUCCAGCUGUCCUUUACCCCUACUGCCAGCAGUUUGUAAAGCAACUGCCUCAUUCCCUCUGGUGCCAGCAGGUUGGCCAACAGCUGUUCUUUUUGGUUUUUGGUUUUAGCUUUGCCUAUUGCCACUGAGCAAGUAGGCUGCUAGUACAUACAUUCCUGGAGCCAUGGCAUGGGUAGGCAGCUGUGAUCCUGCUCUGCUAAUGGACACCUGUUCUUUUCCUCCCAGAGUUAAUAGCCAUUGGAUGUAGGAGCUUGUCAUUUGUUUACACUUAGCUGGAAUCAGAUCAUGGGGAAAUCUGCCACUUGGUUUUUUUUUUUUUGUUGUUGUUGUUGUUCUUUUUUCCCCAAAAAAGAGUGAGUCAGAACUUUGUCUAAGUGUCUGUUCUUCCACCCUCUCUCUAGGGAUGGAAGCAGCUUCAAGAAGAAAAUGCUAAAUCCUAGGCUGACCCUUGGAUAACAUGAAAUAGGCUAAAAAACCUCACACACUCCUUUCAAUGUCCCUCUCCUGUUUUAUGCCUUACUCCCCUACUAUUGCAUUCGGUGCUACUCCUUGGCUACCCAUGACUCCUACUAUGGUGCUCCGAGCUCAGGUUCCUUCUCCUUUAUUCCCAAAUCAACAUUUCUAUGACAUAUAUUUGACAAUAUGACAAUAUUUCUAUUUCUAUAUAGCUCUUGCCUAGUUGUCCCUAGAAAGGAUGUCAUUCAUUUAUUGAAUGUUUGCUGAACUGAACCAAAAAAAAUCAUUCAUUAAACAACAUUCUUCUUUUUUUCCAUUAACCUCUUUAUCUCUUUAUCCUUAUAUUCUGACUACCCUGCACAGUGCCUUGCAUGUAUAUGCUCAACAUAUAAUUUAAAAAACCCUCAGAAUAAAUAAUUGUGCAAAGCACAGCAAAAAAUACACAAAUGAAUAAGGUGUCUCUUCUACACAGGGUUAAUAGCUGAGCAUAUUAACAUAUUAGCCCUCCCUAUGAUGAACUCUAGUUCACUUCUUACAUGCCUCUUACAUGUCUCAGUAACCUGGCAGAGUGAGUUUUAAUAUAUGGUCAGUAUGUUUUAACCAAGAACUUUUGAAGAUUCUAAUUCUUUAAACAUAGAUUUAGAGCUAUAAUCUUGAGGUUCAAUUCCCCUCCCUUCAUUUUAUAGAUGAGGAAACUGAGACCCAUAAAGAUUAAAUUAUUUUUCCAGAUAAUAAGAGGGUAGAGUCAAGACUUUAUUCCCUAACUCAAAUCCAUUUUUCUUUCCACUGUACUGCCUCCCUAAUCAAAAGUAUGAAUUUCUUAGGUUAAUAGUGAUUUACAUGUAUAAAGCUAUGUUAUGCUCACAA